AUGACGACAGCCAACUUGUUCGACCUCGACGCUGAACUCGGCAGCGAAGAAGAUGAAGAGUUCGAGGGUGACGAGGAAGAACCGCGCCCAAGAAAGCAAAAGGCAAACAUCGAUGAUUCAAGUGAGGAAGAAGAAGACGACGAUGAGGAAGCCGAAAGAGAGAUCCGCGAAGGUUUCAUCGUCGACGAAGAUGAAGAAGACGAUGAGGAGCGCCGUGAGCGCCGUCGCGAAAGAAAGAAGCGUAGAAGAGAGGAGCGCGAGGCCGAAGAUGCUUUGCUUGACGAGGAAGAUUUGGACCUGAUUGGCGAAACACAUCCCGACUACCAACGUCGUCAAGAAGAGCAGAGCAAAUUCAAGCGCCUGAAGCGGGGUCAUCGCGAAGACCGAGAUCGCAACGAAGCGCGCGGCAUCGACGACAUCUUUAGUGACGAUGAGGAGAUGGCCGACGCCGAUGGUAGAGCCUACGGCCGCGAACCAAGAGCCUAUGCCGACGAAUUCGCCGACUUUAUUGAAGAGGAUGAAUUUCCCGACGAGGAGCGCGAAGCAAUGCGCGAUGCUGCCGAAGUGCGACGACCUGGAAGAGGCUAUGUCGACCCCCUGCGUAUGCAGAGCGGCCUGGAUGAAUCGGCUCAGGAAGAUAUGAUGGCUGCUUUCGGUGACGGUACCGAGUACGACUGGGCUCUGCAAUUACAAGAGGAGGGCGAUGAGAACCAAGAAGGCCUGGACAAGCCGCUCGAGCUCAAGGAUGUCUUCGAGCCUUCGCAACUGGCCGACAGAAUGUUGACAGAGGCUGAUAACAUCAUCCGCAACACUGAUGUCCCCGAACGCUACCAGAUCGCCCGCCAGCCCUUCAGGGAGAUGGAAUUGUCGGAUGAGGAAAUGAAUGCUCGCAUGCAAGAAGAGACACACUGGAUUUCCAACUUCCUGCUUCCCAAGAAGCGUCUGGACCGCGACCUUAUCGAACCCUUCCGCGAGGUCGUUGGUCACGUCUUGCGAUUCAUGAACGUUGAAGAACUCGAAAUUCCCUUCAUCCUUCACAACCGCAAAGACUAUCUCAUCCACGAGGAGCGUGUGCCCCUAUCUCCUAACCCCAACGACCCGGAUGCUCCUCAGCACGAGAUCAAGGCUUCGAGAUUGUUGCAAAACAGCGACCUAUGGGAGAUCUAUGAACUGGAUCUCAAGUACCGUGCCUUUGUUGAGAAGCGCGAAGCUUUGUCAAGGUCGAUCGAGAGUAUCCGCGAUGCCAUGACUGACUCGAACGACGAAAUCUUCAAUGACAUGAUCCCUGCCGCUGUCACUAUGGAGGAAUUGCAAGACGUCCAGGACUAUCUCCACUUCCAGUACGCCGCCCAACUCAAGGAUACGACCGUAUACGAUGCAGAGACCAAUGGUACACAAAAACGAGCAAGAGGAACACGUAAUGUCUGGGACAAGGUCCGCGCUGGACAAGCGUACCACAUGGUUAGAGCAUUCGGCAUUUCUGCAGAUGCUCUGGCACAAAAUGCUCUCAAGGUCGGCACAAGGCAGUACACUGAGGAUCCCACUGAGAGACCCGACGACAUGGCCGACAAGCUGGUCGACGGAGCUGAAUACUCCAGCAGUCAACAGCUUCUUGCUGCUGCAAAGGCCAUGUUUGCUGAAGAACUCGCUCAAAGUCCUCGUAUGCGCAAGCUUUUGCGUCAAAACUUCUACAUGGAUGGUGUCUUCGACUGUUUCCGUACCGAGAAGGGCUUGAAGAGAAUCGAUGAGGAGCACCCGUAUUACGAGUUCAAGUAUCUUCGUGGAAAGGACCUAAGAUCAAUUGUCGCCAAGCCUGAGCUUUUCUUGCGCAUGCUCAAGGCCGAAGAUGAAGGUCUUGUUGAGGUUCGUGUUCGCAUGGAAGUCUGGGACAGGUUCAAGGACAGUCUGUACAAGAACAUCAUGUCCGACAACUUCAGUGAACUCGCCGAUGCCUGGAACGCUUUGCGCAGAGAAGUCUUGGAUAUGGCCUUGGAGAAGCUCACCCGCACAAUUGUCAAAGGUGUGAAGGAGAACCUCAAGACAGAGUGUGAAGCUCAAAUUGCUCGCGCUUGCAGAGAGGAAUACGCCAACAAGCUCGAUCAAGCUCCUUACAAGCCUCGUGGCAUGGUACUUGGUACCACACCUCGUGUACUCGCCUUGUCCAAUGGUGCAGGCAAGCGCAACGAUGCUAUCUGCUGGGCGUACGUUGACGAAAACGGUCGUGUGCUUGAGAACGGCAAGUUCGUUGACAUUCGCAUGGGUAAUAAGGAGAAGUUCCUGCCCGAUGGAGCUGAUGUAGCAGCAUUCGUCGACCUUGUCGAGCGUCGCAAGCCUGAUGUCGUUGCCGUUUCUGGCUUCUCUGUUGAAACUCGCAGACUCUACAAGGAUCUCCAGGAAAUCAUCGAAAGCCACGACCUACGAGGUACACCAUAUGAAGAAGAAGAUGGCUCGGAACAGAGCGACAAGCUUGAUAUUGUCAUCACCAACGACGAAGUUGCCCGUCUUUACUACACCAGCGAUCGUGCCACCGCCGAGCACCCCACCGUUCCGCCGCUUACCAGAUACUGUAUCGCUCUUGCAAGAUACAUGCAGAGUCCUCUUAAGGAGUACGCUGCCCUUGGUCGCGACAUCACAUCAAUCUCCUUCACCUCAAAUCAAACACUCAUCCCUCAAGAAAAGGUGCUGAAGCAUCUGGAAAUGGCCAUGAUCGAAACUGUGAACCUGGUCGGUGUCGACGUCAAUGAAGCAGUCUCUGAUUCAUACACUGCCAACCUUCUACAAUAUGUUUCGGGUCUGGGUCCUCGCAAAGCAGCACAUCUUCUUAAGGUUGUCAACUCAAAUGGAGGUGACCUCAACACUCGUUACGAACUUAUCGGCGUAUCCGAUCGCAGCAGAAGAGCCGCUGUUGGCCCCAAGAUUUUUGAGAACUGUGCCAGCUUCCUGUACAUCAACUAUGACGACUCCGAGCCGGACUCUGACUACCUGGACAACACUCGUGUGCACCCCGAGGACUACGAGACGGCGAGAAAGAUUGUGGCCGAUACCCUUGACAUGGAUGAAGAGGAUGUUAAGGCUGAGAUUGACGAGGCUGGUCCCAACGCUGUUGUUCGCAAGCUUAUCAAGGAUGACGCCCAAGACAAGCUCAAUGAUCUUGUGCUUGACGAUUAUGCUGAGGAGAUUCUUCGCAAGAUUGGUCUCAAGAAGAAGGCUACCCUGGAGCUCAUCCGUGGUGAAUUGCAACAACCUUACGAGGAACUUCGUCGCAGCUUCUACUUGCUGUCAACUGAUGAAGUCUUCACCAUGCUGACUGGAGAGACCAAGGAGUCGCUGACUGCAGGCAUGAUCGUGCCUGUUUCGAUCAAGCGCACCUUCCCUGAUCACAUCGAUGUCAAGUUGGACUGUGGUAUUGAUGGAACUGUCAACGAAACAGACUUCCCUGCUGGUGUCGGCAAUGGUGGCGCAGAGCCUCGUCAUGUCUGGCAGACACAUCAGACUGUUCAGGCCAAACUUCUCGAAAUUGAGCCCAAGCGUUUCACGGCAAAACUCUCGCUCAGAGAAGAUGACCUGCGGGAACCUUUCCGUCGUGAGUUCGACCACGAGCCUGGACAAUGGGAUGAGCAACAGGAAGCUCAGGAUAAGAAGGAGGCCCUUCUCGAGAAGGACGCCAAGACCGGCAGAGCUCAACGUGUUAUCAAGCACCCUCUUUUCAGACCGUUCAACUCAGCUCAGGCCGAAGAGUACUUGGGUUCACAAGCACAAGGCGAUGUUGUCAUCAGACCAUCAUCAAAAGGACUCGACCAUUUGGCUGUCACAUGGAAAGUCUCGGAGAAUGUCUUCCAACAUAUUGAUGUGCUGGAGCUUGACAAGGAGAACGAGUUCUCUGUGGGUAGAACUCUCAAGGUUGGCGGCAAAUACACAUACUCAGAUCUUGAUGAGUUGAUUGUCUUGCACGUCAAGGCAAUGGCCAAGAAGGUUGAUGAGAUCAUGACGGACGAGCGCUUCCAGAAAGGCUCGAGAGAAGCGACGAACGAGUGGCUCAACGCCUACACAGAGGCCAACCCCAUCCGCAGCAUGUACGCCUUCUGCAUUAACCCCAAGUACCCUGGCUACUUCGAUCUAUGCUUCAAAGCCGGCGCCUCAGCAAAGGUCGCAGCAUGGCCCGUCAAGGUCAUUCCCAACGCUUUCGAGCUCCAACGCCAUCCUUACCCUGACAUGCGCGCUCUGAAGAACGGCUUCAAGCUCUUGUUCUCCAAGGCCUCUGGCGUGGCUAAGCGAUAG